AUGGGCGACAAGAAGCGCAAGGUCGUCGAGGACCCGACUGAGCCCAUUGCUCCCGAGGGCAAAAAGCUGAAGAAGGAGAAGAAGGAGAAGAAGGAAAAGAAGGAAAAUCGGAAGGCCGAGAAAGAGGCCGAGGUCGCGCCUGUCGAGGUUGCUCUCGCGCAGGAGGAGGUGAUCGAGAAGAAGGAAAAGAAAGAGAAGAAGGAGAAGAAGGAGAAGAAGGAGAAGAAGGAGAAGAAGGAGAAGAAGGAGAAGAAGGAGAAGAAGGAGAAGAAGGAGAAGAAGGACAAGAAAGAAAAGAAGGAGAAUAAGGCCGAAGCCGAAGCCAGUCAAGAUGUUGAGGAGACUCCUCUGUUCACGAUAGACACCGAGGGCGACAAAGCCAUGAAGGAGAAGAUCUCCAAAAAGGACAAGAAGGAAAAGAAGGAAAAGAAAGACAAGAAGGCUAAGGCCUCCAAGGAAGCCACCGAAGAGUCCGCGGACACCGAAAAGGCAACCGAAGAGACUGCUGAAGGUACUGAAGAAGGCGUGGACAAGAAGAGCUCCCGCUUCAUCUGCUUCGUCGGCAACCUGCCUUACUCCGCAAACCUUGAGUCCCUCACAAAGCACUUCGAGAAGAACCCUCCCGCCUCAAUCCGGGUCGCGACCAAGCCCGAGGCUCCUAAGAAGUGCCGCGGCUUCGCAUUCAUCGAAUUCGACAACUAUGACCGAAUGAAGACCUGCCUCAAGCUCUACCACCACUCCACCUUUGAUGAUGGCAAGUACCCGCCUCGUCGCAUGAACGUUGAGCUGACUGCUGGUGGCGGCGGCGGUAACUCCGAGCACCGCAGAGAGAAGAUCAGAGCCAAGAACGAGAAGCUCAACGAGGAGCGCUCGCGUGACGCUAAAAAGAUCAACAAGGAUAAGCGAAAGCACGAAAAGGCUCCCGCCGCUGAGGGUCCCACUGGAGUCAAUGCCGUUGCCGUCCCCGAGGAUGACAAGUGGGCGGGCAUUCACCCUAGCCGCAGGCCGCGUGUGAUGAACUAA